GUGACGCACAGCUCACGCUACGGUACGCCAUUUGUGUCUAGCAGCAAAAAAGCGCGCACCGUGGUAAUAGUCACAUAACAUUGGGAUUGUGAUGCGGUUUUGAUGAUGCAACUGGAUUUCACAUUUGUGUGAAAUAAGAAAAAGGUAUGAUAUGGAAAAAACACUGAUAUUAGGAAAAGUGGAUGCUGAGAGCAAAUCAGCUGAAAACCACUCUGUGAAGGUGCCUCCAGAUGACAUGGAGAUGGAAGAAACCACAGGGGACUCCCCUGGUAGCACUAGUGAGUUCAAUAAGGCAGAAGAAGAACGGGCUGAGAGGCUAUUGCCAGACAGUGGACGUGAAGAUGAGGAGAACGUUUGCAACAUUUGUGGCUUCUCAACCAUGUACCCGAGAUCACUGAAAAUUCAUUAUACACGAAAACAUGGGAAAGCAAUUGACAAAAAUCCUCAGCCUCAUGAACAAAAUGUAUAUAAUGUCGAUGUUUGUGAAGUCCAAGAUGAGCUCACCCUAAAAACCGUGGAAGAUGAUGGUGAACAAAACCAGAGUCCAAAUCUAGAUCAAGAAGAGCUGUAUGCUGGCCAAGAGAGAAGAGUGAGCAAGCGAAUCCCAAAACCUAAGAUAAUUUAUUCCUGCAACUACUGUGGACAUGAAUUUAGGGACAAGUCUCCUCUUGAUGUUCACAUUCAGAGAUACCAUGCCAAAGAUGUCCCUUUAACUUUUGAGUUGGAUGAGAAUGCGGUCGAAUCGGAGGAGGCCGUGGAGAGUGGCGGCACUGAAAAGGCUGCACCAUCAAAAGUGGCACCAAAACGUGUUCUCAGCAGGUUCCAGCUGAAGUGUCCGAUCUGUGAUUUCAGGGUGGGCAGCACUGCGGUACUGGAGAGGCAUGCUCGUGAUAAACACCUCACCCUAGAGUGGUUCCGCUGCAAAGUGUGCAACUUCUUUGCAGCGACUUCAGAGUGGAUGAGUGCUCACCUGUCGUCUGAUGGCCAUUUGGAGAAGCAGAAAGGAAUGAAAAGCUCAGAAGCUUCUUCAUUUGAGGAGUGCGUUGAGAAAGUAAGCAGAGACUCUGCGGGAGAUGAUGCUGUUGUAUGUGACCUCGAUCAGGGGGCUGCUGGAGAAGGGGUCGUUACUUUGACUGACGAACAACAAAAAACCGAUGAGCUGGCAGAGGCAGCAGAGUCCUUGCUGUCUGAGGAGGAAGAUGUAGAGCUUGAACCUCCAAGAAAGAGAAGAGGAAGACCAAAACAAGGUACUUCUACCACUUGUGGAUACUGUGGCUUGGUCGUGUCCAAUGCCACCAACCUCAGUGUUCAUGUUCGCCGUAAACACAGCAAAGAUUAUGGCUACAACUGCACUUUGUGCAACUACAGCUGUGUGACCAAGGGAGACAUGGAUCGUCACUGUUUAACUAAGAAACAUGUGAAAAGAGCACAAGAGAGUUCUAAUAAUAAGAACCCGGCAAGGGCCGACACCAGUCCACCAUUGCUUGAGCCAACCAGUACACCGUCUACUGUCCCACAGGCUACUGACACAAAGCAAGAACACGACGAGGAACUUCUUGAGGAACACAAAGAUGAAGAGCAUACAGAGUUAGACGCAGGUCAGCAAAAACACAAGUAUGACUCUGUUAAUGCUUGCAGUCUUUGUGAUUUUGUUGCCCAGUCAAUCCCAUCCCUCCAUCUUCACGUCAAGAGAAAGCAUACCAAAGAUUUUGAGCAUGUUUGUUUAGCAUGCAGCUAUUACGCUGUAACCAGCAGGGAAAUGUAUCGUCAUGCUAGCACAGAGAAGCAUAAACAAAAGAGUCAGAGAUACCUGGAGCUGCAAAAGAGCAAAGAACAAACAGCUGCAGAACUUCCUUUAAAAGAGACCGAUAUCAAUGUUUCUCCUGGGCAGAACCCGUGCUCCGACUGUGAACUUGUGAACCCCUCUGAAGUGUCGGGAUCUUGUUACAUUGACAGUCAGCAUAUGGAAAUAGACGAUCCAGUUGCGUCUUCUGUCACUACAGAGAUUGUUCGAGUUGUGGUUGGAGCAACUGGCAGAGAAGAUGAAACGCCAGCAACAACUAACACAUCUUCUGCUGACAAUGAACCAGAAACAACCAACCAGACAGCUGAGAUGACGGUGCAGCAAGCUUCAGUAGAACUUAAACCUCGAUUAGAUAAGUCUGCACAUCAAGACAACCAGAACGUAGGGUGUACACAAGCAGGAGAGGAGACUUUGAAGGAAGAUGUAGUGGUUGUUGAUAUGCAAAUGUCCAAAGCCCCUCCAUUCGAUGCCAGCAUUGUAUCUUUUAAGGCCCUUGCAGACCAGGAGGCUGCACUGCAGGAAGGUCUGGCACUGGAAGGCGAGGCCUCUAUCAUAUGUUUGACUGGGGGAGCAAAAUCCGGCAUCAUGUCCCCCAGCUCUUCAUAUGUUAGAAAGCUCAAACCCAAGGAAGGGAAGGUGAGGGAUGACGCCAAAGGCAGCAGCUCUCGCAUUCGCUGCGAGGACUGCGGCUUCAUGGCAGACGGCAUCAGCGGUCUCAACGUCCACAUCUCAAUGAAGCACCCGUCCAAAGAGAGGCACUUCCACUGCCUGGUGUGUGGCAAGUCCUUUUACACUGAGAGCAACCUGCACCAGCACCUCUCCAGUGCCGCCCAUCUCCGCAAUGAGCAGAACAGCGUGGAGGAGCUGCCCGAAGGGGGCGCAAGCUUUAAGUGCGUGAAGUGCACCGACCGCUUCGAGACAGAGCAGGACCUCUUUGUCCACAUCAAGGAAAAACACGAGGAGCUCUUGAGGGAGGUCAACAAGUAUGUGCUGGAGGACACGGAGCAGAUCAACCGGGAGCGCGAGGAGAACCAGGGCAGCGUGUGCAAAUACUGCGGCAAGGUGUGCAAGAGCAGCAACUCCAUGGCCUUCCUGGCACACAUUCGCACACACACUGGAUCUAAGCCCUUCAUGUGUAAGAUCUGCAACUUUGCUACUGCUCAGCUGGGAGAUGCCAGGAACCAUGUGAAGAGGCAUCUCGGGAUGCGAGAGUACAAAUGUGACAUUUGUGGAUGGGCCUUUGUGAUGAAGAAACACCUCAAUACCCACCUGCUGGGAAAACACGGAGUCGGGCAGCGUAAAGAAAGGAAGUUUGAAUGUGAGCUGUGUGACCGCUCCUUCAGCGAAAAGUGGGCCUUGAACAACCACAUGAAACUGCACAAUGGGGAGAAGCCGUACAAGUGCAUCUGGCCGUCCUGCCACUACGCCUUCCUGAACCUGUCGGCCAUGAAGGACCACUACAGGACGCACACUGGAGAGAAGUCCUACCUUUGUGACCUAUGUGGCUUUGCAGGAGGCACAAGACACGCCCUCACCAAACACAGGCGCCAACACACAGGAGAGAGACCCUUCAAGUGUAAGCUCUGCAACUUCGCCUCCACCACGCAGUCCCACUUAUCACGGCACAAACGUGUUCACACCGGAGAGAAACCGUACCGCUGCCCCUGGUGCGACUACAGAUCCAACUGUGCCGAAAACAUCCGGAAGCACAUUCUUCAUACGGGUAAACAUGAGGGAGUGAAGAUGUACAACUGCCCCAAGUGUACCUACGCCACCAACUCCCCCAUGGAGUUCCGCAACCACCUGAAGGACAAUCACUCUGACAUCGAGAACCCAGACCUUGCCUACCUACAUGCAGGUAUUGUGUCCAAGUCCUUUGAAUGUCGUCUGAAAGGCCAAGGAGCAACGUUUGUGGAGGCAGAGUCUGUGGACUCUCCUGAGCACAAGAAAGGCUCAUCCGAGGUAUCCAGUCACGAAGAGGCCAUCCAGCAAGUCAUCAUCAUCCAGGGCUACGGUGACGAGGACGUGACCAUUGACCAGGCCCUGGAAGAGUCGGCCGCUGCCACCCUGCAGACACUGGCCAUGGCUGGUCAGGUGGCUGAGGUGCUCCACAUCACAGAGGAUGGACAAGUCAUAGCCUCAGGCAGGGAGGUAGCCUCAGCAGGGGCCCAUUUAGCUGGAGGCAGCACCCAGUACGUGGUGGUGGAGUCCGGAGACGCCAGGAAGGAACUGCAGUCCGAUGCGGGUCAGAGUCACAUUGUUUCCGAGUCAUCCACCGCUCUGGAUGCUCUGCUCAGCGCCGUCAGCGAAAUGGGCCAUCAGGAGAAAAUGCAAGGAGAGGGAGCCGUCGCUCAUGAAGUUUUGACCCCCGAAGUCUGUGAGGCAGCCCACACCGCUGUGGAGGUGAAGCAAGAGGAGGAGGUGCAGGUCAUCCAGGAGUCCGGCAACGAAAAUAUGCAGGAGGUGUUGAAGCUCGCCGCCUCCCAGAUGUUGAAGGAAGGCCUCACCCAGGUCAUUGUCAAUGACGAGGGAACUCACUACAUCGUUACCGAGCUGGAAGACUGCACCCUGCAGGUAGAGGAGGGAGUGUACGGAGGUGCGGCAGCAGGGCACGGGGAGGUGCAGCAGGUAGAGCAACAAGCAGGAGAGGAGAUGGUGGUCUACCUCGACGGAGCUUCUCAUAACAUUGUCUUGGAAGGCUGAAGCACACAGAAAUUAUGUUUUCAAGUUUUCAUGUUCAGUUAAAGUCUGCUUUAAACCAAAUGUUGCUUUCUGUGAAUGAUGAGUGUUUUCAUUAAUAUCCCCCUCCAUGAUUCAGUGUGUAAAUUGCAUCUUUUCCCUCAGAUCUUCAUUUGAGCUAUGCAACAGUCAGGUUCAAGAUCAUUUAUUUCAAGAGACAAUUCAGAAAGGAGUUUUUGGUGCUACAAAUGUUAACCAACAUUGAUAUGGACAACUUACUUAUAUCCAUGCAACUGAAGCAAAUGUUUAUGUAUUCUUCUUCAUGGAAUAUGUUUUAAAACAGCUAACAUGCUAGAGGUAAAAAAGCCCAUAUGGAUUUUUCUUUGUAGUGUAACCACAGUGUUAUAGGAUUUUGUGUAAUUGUUAGCCUGACUUUUGUUUUGGGUCUAAAAGAUGAAAACAAAUACUUGUUUUUUUGUCUCAGAUCUGAACUUACACAAUAGAUGUGUUUUUUUUUCCUCCGACACAAUAGCAGUGAUGAUUUGCCGUUUUCUUCACAAUCUUAGUCAAUCUUUUUGCUUUCAGAGAAUAUUUGGUUCCAUAUAAUUUCCGACAAUAAAGAUUGUCUAAUUUUUCAAACACUGAUAUGUUUUUGUCUAUCUUGAAAUUCUACAUCAGAGUUGACUUUAUAUUCAGCAGUGUAUCACACUUUUCACUCCACCUGUACUUUUUUCAUAAUUUUCUCUUGUUUUUGACCACUAACCUCUUAGCAUUUACUGGGAUUUUAUGCAAAAGAACAACAAAAGUUGUAGCGAUGAUGCAUGAUUAUCAGAUUUUUAUUAUAUUUUACAAAUAAAGUGUGGGGUGUCGAAUUUCUGUUUUUACCCUGAGACCUGUUAAUAAAAUCCAAUAAAAACAAUGAAGUGUAAAAAAAA